UAUUUUGCGUUUCAGGCAGAAAUAAAUUAUAUUCCUUUUUUUUCUGUGAAGAAAAUGACUGUGAAAGAAACCGAGAAUGUUCCGAAUCCUGAUUCGGAUACUGAAAAUGAUCAAGUUGAAGAAGCUCCUGUGUAUGAAGUUCGCUUCUUGAAAUUAAUAAAGGAGGCCCAACAGCAGCAUGGAUUACGACAUGGUGAUUAUCAGCGUUACAGGGGUUAUUGCGCCAGGAAGAUUCGUCGGGUUCGCAAAGCCCUUAAUUUUGUUCAAGGAGACAAGAAACAUUUCCGGAAGAAGGAAGUAACUCAAGACUCUCUGCAUGAUGAACGUUAUUUCCUCAUUUUGCUGAUGUCAGCUGAACGAGCGUGGAGUUAUGCGAUGCAAUUGAAGCAAGAGGCCAACACGGAGCCCCGAAAGAAGUUUCACAUGGUGUCCAGAUUGAAGAAAGCGGUUGCGCAUGCCAUUAAGUUGGAAGCUGUGUGUGAAAGCAACAAAUGCCAUGCCGUCACAAAAUUGGAGUCACAAGCGUACUCUGCUUGGCUGACAGGAUUUUAUUUGUUUGAAAAGCAAAAAUGGGCAGACGCGUUGCAAGCUUUGACGAAAGCUCAAAAUAGAUGUAAGCUUGACAUUUUUAAUCCUCGAAUAAAGAAAUGCUGGUGUUGUAAAGUACUUUGUGACGUUAUUUACCGCAUUUUACAGAAUUUGAUAGCCCAAACGCGAGAGAAGCAAGCUGCUACUCUGUCCGAAGUAACGUGGCGGAAGAGAACCGUUCCGGUGAAAUCCGAAAAAGUUCGUCGCUUUUUGACAAAUGCGAAAGAAGCGGAAAAAUCCGCAGAACUCGGGCAAGGCUCCUCUAAGGUUCAGCUGCAGUUUUAUGAGAAAUUGUUGAUGGAAUGCAAGGAUGCGAUCCAGGUCCUCCGUGACGAGCUGAAAAAUGACCCAAGUUACACGAGACGUGGGGCUGCUGGAGAACCGAUGCAUGUCUCAUCUCUCCAUUAUCUUCAUUCCUACCUAAUAAAAUCCGGAGCGAAACCGGCGAAGCCUCAAGAAUACAUUCGCCUUUACGAAGGAAUCCUUGCAUCUUUGACGGAGAUGGGAAAUUUGCCAGGAUUAGAAGAAGAUUUUGAUUCCAAGGAGUCAUGCGAUGCCCAAGCAACUGCGUAUCGAGCUUUGCGAUGCUUCCAUAUUGCGGAAUCGUUCCAAUUGGUCAAGCGCUGGCCAGAAUGCGUUGCGAUGUUUGACAAGAGUUCGGAGUAUGUCAACAAAGCAUCCAACUUACCCGCGCUUGGAAAAUCGUUGAAGGACAGGAUGUCGGAAUUAGGGAAGAAGGUUGAACACGGAAGAGUAGCUGCCCAAGCUUCGUGUGUUUCUCUGGGUGAUGAUGAACUGGUUGAUGACUUCAAGUCCUUGUCUGUUCUCGCGGAUCAUUUGGAUGUCUACCUUGAGGAAGCGAAUCAUUUGGCGAAUGGGGAUGGAAAGCUUGUCCAAUUUCCUCCUGAGUUCCAGCCGGUUCUUUGUAAACCUCUGUUCUUUGAUCUUGCCUGGAAUCACGUAGAAUUUCCAAGCUUGGAACACAAACUCGAUGUUACCCCAGCGAAGGCGAAGAAAGUUCAAGCUCAAGCAGCACCGCAACAGCAACAAACCGGCGGGUUGACUGGUUUCGUGAAGGGACUAUGGGGUUGGGGGUCGAAGUGAAGUUAUUCUUUCGAUUGUGCCUUUGUUCUCUGUUUUAAAAUUUGUGUCCGACUUCCAGACUUCGUUUAUUAUGUACUUCAUCUCGCCCUAUUCAUGUGACUGUGCGUGUCUCCGGCAUCGGAUCUGAUGUGUUCUGUAGUCGUUAACGAUCGCAUUUCGUGCGUCCUUACAUUGGCUUGGAAUUACCAGAUUCGAAUACAUUUGUUGAUCACAUCUGUAUUUUUCCCGUCCGUAUCGUUUAUAAUCUGCAAGGAUAGAACUGUAAUUUCCAAUCUGUGGAAAUAUAUGAGGAAUAUUGCAAGAA